AUGCUAUCCAAUCGUGCCGUUGCAUUGCGCUCGCUUUCGAGAGCAGCGCUCGCCUGUACUGCCAGAACAGCAGCCCCCAAGUCCGUCGCGCCCUCGUGUGUCGCGUUCAAGAGGUUUGCCUCGACCACAAAGGCCCAGCCCACCGAGGUCUCCUCUAUCCUGGAGGAGCGGAUCAGGGGGGUCACUGACCAGACCGCUUUGAAUGAGACCGGGAGAGUGCUUGCCGUCGGGGAUGGUAUCGCUAGAGUGUACGGCUUGAAUAACAUCCAGGCGGAAGAGCUGGUGGAGUUCUCGUCUGGUGUGAAGGGGAUGGCUUUGAAUUUGGAGCCUGAUCAAGUGGGUAUUGUGCUGUUCGGGUCGGAUAGACUCGUUAAGGAGGGGGAGAUCGUUAAGAGGACCGGGAAGAUCGUGGAUGUCCCCGUGGGUCCCGCCCUGUUGGGGAGAGUCGUGGACGCUCUAGGGAACCCAAUUGACGGGAAGGGCCCCAUCAAGGCGGAGAAGUACUCGAGAGCGCAAGUGAAGGCUCCUGGGAUCUUGCCCAGAAGGUCCGUUCAUGAACCAGUGCAGACUGGGUUGAAGGCCGUCGACGCUUUGGUCCCCAUUGGGAGAGGCCAGAGAGAACUGAUCAUUGGGGAUCGUCAGACGGGGAAGACCGCUGUUGCGCUAGACACCAUCUUGAACCAGAAGAGAUGGAACGAUGGGAAGGAUGAGUCCAAGAAGUUGUACUGUGUCUACGUUGCCAUUGGGCAGAAGAGAUCCACAGUCGCCCAAUUGGUUCAGACUUUGGAACAACACGACGCUUUGAAGUACUCGAUUAUCGUCGCGGCUACUGCCUCAGAGGCUGCCCCGUUGCAGUACUUGGCCCCCUUCACCGCUGCAUCCAUCGGUGAGUGGUUUAGAGACAACGGGAAACACGCGCUGAUUGUGUACGACGAUUUGUCCAAACAGGCCGUCGCGUACCGUCAAUUGUCACUGUUGUUGAGACGUCCACCGGGGCGUGAGGCGUACCCAGGUGAUGUUUUCUACCUACAUUCAAGACUGCUAGAGAGAGCAGCUAAGAUGUCUGAGAAGGAAGGUGGUGGCUCCCUGACCGCUUUACCAGUGAUCGAAACUCAAGGUGGUGAUGUCUCCGCUUAUAUCCCAACUAACGUCAUCUCCAUCACAGAUGGGCAAAUCUUCUUGGAGGCAGAACUGUUCUACAAGGGUAUUAGACCAGCCAUCAAUGUCGGUCUAUCCGUGUCCCGUGUUGGGUCCGCAGCUCAAGUGAAGGCUUUGAAACAAGUCGCAGGGUCCUUGAAACUGUUCUUGGCUCAAUACAGAGAAGUGGCCGCGUUCGCCCAAUUCGGUUCAGACUUGGACGCCUCCACGAAACAGACUCUGACAAGAGGUGAGAGACUGACCCAGCUGUUGAAGCAGAGCCAGUACCGCCCACUGUCCGCAGAGGAACAGGUGCCUCUGAUUUACGCAGGUGUCAACGGGUACCUCGACAACGUCGACCUUUCGAGAAUGGCAGAGUUCGAGACCUCCUUCCUGGCCUACUUGAAGUCAAACCACGAACAGAUCCUCACAGGGAUCAGGGAUACAGGUGAGUUGACCAAAGACCUGAUGGCAGCUUUGAAAUCCGCUACUGAGUCCUUCGUCGCCACUUUCUGA